AUGCUGCAUGCACAAGGAAGGCUUUAUAGACCGGGUACGUUACCAGCCGUUUGUCAUUAGAUGUACAUGCAUUAAAGAAGAAACAUGGUUGGAUCGAAUACCUUCUUGUUGGCAUGCGCGCUGGCCGCUCUUCUAUGUGUGUCCAAUGUGGAUGCAGCCUUCAAGUGUUACGUAUGCAGCAGUGUGACGAAGAGCGGCUGUUCGGACGAGUUCACUAAAAGUUCUACUUUGGAAAGUGCAGCCACAUGCCUGGGCUGCGCUAAAGGAAAGACAGGCGACGUUGUUGUAAGAACCUGUUCUCUGAUUGCUGUUAGCAACGGAUGCACGAAAUCGGGCGAUGCUGCAGUCUGUUUCUGUGACAGCAAGCUCUGCAACGGCUCCAACAACAUGGCUGUUUCCAUGGCAGCGCUCCUGGGCGCCACACUCGUCGUCCUCUUUUCUAAUAUUUAAUAAAUUUAAAAUGUCAUGGCUGUUCGAAAACAUACUACAGCAUACAAUAACAUUUCUUAAUACAUGCGACAACAUGUACCCUAUGUCGACCAUUUAACAGAUAAAAUAACAUUUAAUAUAAAUUUAAAAAAAUCGAAAUGAAUGUAGAUAUAAUUUAAAUGGUAUAAAGUUAUACAUGUCCCAUUGUUUAAUUUCAAUAAUAAAUGAUAUGACGAUAACAAUAUUGAAUGGUUCCCUAAAUCAUUGUUUGUACUGUCGUUUGCUUUUACGAUGUUCUUUUUCUCAAACGAAUUAAAAAUGUUACUAAAAUAUACGGCAUAAAAUCACUAAAAUGGA